AUGAACCAUACCCAGACGAACCUCACUUUCAAGGAAAUCGGCGAAAAGCUGCGGCGAGCUCACAUGCUGCAUCAAAUUCAGCACCGUAACCGUAUUAAGUUUCGAUUCCCUGGUCAUACGGGUCCGACCAACGUGUCCGUGCUACCGACACUGCCGACGGAUGCUAAAAUAAAAGCCGCACUAACCAGUGCUGAGGGGAGGGCAUCUGAGGUCUUGGGCAAGCUUGGCCUCUUGCAGGCUGAACAAUCUUUCGAGUUUAGUGUACAUGCCCUCGGGGACCGGAACUGGGAAGACUUGAUCGUUUCCGAUAGUGAGUCUGACACGGAGGACCAUGAAGACCAUGAACCCGGUCAGGAGGUGUAUGAAGCUAAGCAUCUGUUUUCAAACUUUUCGGGCCAGAUCGCGCUGCCUAACAGCACGUCCGAUAAGCACAUCUACCUGAUACGAGAUGACCACGGGAAGGUGUUUCACGUUAAGAAGAGUAGUGUAGUGUGGAUGCUUACUGCGUCUAAGGUUCAGGAAAAAGCUCGUAUGAUACGUUACAAACAGCCCAUGCCUAACUAGGGCAAGCUAGGUUGAUUAGGUUCAUAAGUAAUACAUAUUAUAUCAUGUCCGUACUCUUGGAGUGUUCUUUACUAUCCAUGAUGACACUCUGACUAUGCAACCACUAAGGUGGUUGAAUA